AUUUUCAAUGAUUAUCACUUAUUUAUCUUAUCACUUGACGUUUUCGUAAUGUGAAAGUUUUUUUUGAACAGCAUUUUAAUUAGAACCUUUGCCGCCACAACAACCUAAAAAUGAAAAACACCGGAAAACUACGGGGAAAAACUUUGUUUAUCACAGGCGCCUCACGAGGAAUUGGCAAAGCCAUAGCACUCAAAGCUGCUCGUGAUGGAGCCAACAUAGUUAUCGCGGCAAAGACAGCCCAGCCGCAUUCUAAACUAGAAGGCACCAUCUAUACCGCUGCAGACGAAAUCGAAAGGGCAGGAGGGCGGGCGCUGCCUUGCAUAGUCGACGUGCGCGACGAGAAGCAGGUGCUUCAGGCAGUGGAGGCCGCCGUGGCUACGUUUGGGGGCAUCGAUAUCGUGGUUAAUAAUGCCAGUGCCAUUUCCUUGACGGGCACCUUAGACACUGAUAUAAAACGGUACGACCUUAUGCAAAAUAUAAACACUAGGGGAACAUUUCUAGUGUCGAAGAGCUGUCUGCCCUAUCUGCUUAAAAGUGAUAAUCCGCACAUUCUAAAUCUAUCGCCACCACUAAAUUUAAACCCGCGAUGGUUCGCCAAUCAUACUGCUUACACCAUCGCCAAGUAUGGCAUGUCAAUGUGCGUUUUGGGCAUGUCAGAAGAAUUCCGCAGUUUGGGCGUCGCUGUGAACGCCCUUUGGCCACGUACCACAAUCCACACAGCAGCGGUGGAAAUGCUCAACGGACCCGAAGGAGCCCUUUAUUCCCGAAAACCCGAAAUCAUGGCUGAUGCGGCAUAUGCAAUAAUCUGCCGGGACGCAACAGAUUAUACAGGAAAUUUUUUUAUUGACGAUGAAGUUCUUGCCGACAUUGGUGUAAAAGAUCUUAUACAGUAUGCUUGCUACCCUGAAAACAUUCACCUUUUAUCUACGGAUAUAUUUCUUGACGAAACUGAGCCGAAGGCCAAAUUAUAAAAAUGAGUAGCAAUAGUGAUUGUAAAAGAAAUUAUGUAAAUAUUUAAAUAUGAAAUAGAUAGAUAUUUGUACCUCUCUU